AUGCCACCCCCUUCCGUAUUCCUCUGCAGCAUCACAGGCAGCCAAGGCAAGCCAUUGGCUCUCCAAUUACGACGGCUGGGCUGGACCGUCAAGGGGACCUCGCGGACCCCAGACUCCAAUGCGGCCAGGCAGCUCAAGGCCGCCGGAGUAGAGCUGUCCAAGGGCGACUGGGAUGACGUCGCCUCGCUGACGGCCGCCAUGAGCGGCGUAGAAAAGAUUUUCAUCUCCACGAUCACCUACGCCGACGAUCCGGAUCGUGAGCGCCGACAGGGCCUGAACAUCGUCGCCGCCGCCAAGGCCGCAAAGGUCCAGCAGGUCGCGCUCUCGGGGUCGCUGGGUGUCGUGACGCUGGGCGAUCCCACCCUGUCGCCGUUCUUCAAGAUGGUCAUCACGGGCAAGAGGGUCAUCGAGCAGGCCAUAGAGGAUGGGCCUUUCAAGCACUGGACGUUUAUCCGCCCGGCGUUCUUCAUGAACAACCUCCUCACACCACAAGUCGACUACUUCCUCCCUCAUCUGCGCCAGGAGAACAUCUGGGAAACCGUCAUGAGGGAAGGCGAGAGGCUAGCCCUUGCCGACCCAGACGACAUCAGCAAGCUUGUUGUAGUGAUAUUCCAGAACCCUGAGAAAUGGCACGGGCGCGGCAUCCCUUUCGCCAGCGAGCUAUUGAGCGUGCCCGAUAUGUUGGAGCAAUUGGGCGAGGCGACUGGGACGGAGUUCGAGGAGUACUUUAUGACCGAUGAGGAUAUCGACUCGCAGGCAGUGUCGUUUUCUUUUAUGAUGUCAGACCGGGUAAUGAGGAAGCAGGCCGAGUAUAUGGACAUGGAGGAGCUAUCGUCCGCCAUUAAGCUGACUAGUUUUUCAGAGUGGCUGGAGAAGGAAAAGGAAACUGUAUUGGAAACUUACUGCUAA